AUGGGUAGGACUCAAAAGAAAAAUAGCAAGGGUCGUUUAGAUCGGUACUACUACCUUGCUAAGGAGAAAGGGUACCGGGCGCGUUCUUCCUUUAAAAUUAUCCAGAUUAAUGAAAAAUUUGGGCAUUUCCUGGAGAAAUCGAAGGUGGUGAUCGAUCUGUGUGCAGCGCCUGGUUCCUGGUGUCAAGUAGCUUCGAAUCUAUGUCCGGUGAACUCGCUGAUCAUCGGUGUGGAUAUUGUGCCUAUGCAGCCGAUGCCAAACGUGAUCACGUUCCAGAGUGACAUUACGACGGAAGACUGCCGCUCGAAGUUGCGGGGCUACAUGAAGACGUGGAAGGCCGAUACUGUGUUGCACGAUGGUGCGCCCAACGUCGGUCUGAACUGGGUGCAGGAUGCGUUCACGCAGUCGCACCUGACGCUGCAGGCGCUGAAGCUGGCGGUCGAGAAUUUGGUUGUAGGCGGGACGUUUGUAACUAAGAUUUUUCGCUCUAAAGACUAUAACAAGUUGAUGUGGGUGUUCCAGCAGCUAUUUGAUAAAGUGGAGGCGACCAAGCCACCUGCUUCGAGAAAUGUUUCUGCGGAGAUUUUCGUUGUUUGCAAAGGAUUUAAGGCUCCCAAAAAGCUAGAUCCGAGACUGCUAGACCCUAAAGAGGUGUUUGAAGAGCUACCAGAUGGCCCACAGAACAUGCAGGCCAAGGUCUACAACCCUGAGAAGAAGACCAGGAAGAGAGAUGGUUAUGAGGAGGGUGAUUACCUGCUUUAUCACACUGUACCAAUAAUGGAUUUCGUGAAGGUGGAAGAUCCUAUCCAGAUGCUGGGCACAACUAACAAAUUUACACUUGACAAGGAUGACCACGAGUGGAAGAUUGUCAAAAAGCUGAAGCAAACGACCCCUGAAUUCAAGGCUUGUAUUGAAGAUUUGAAAGUUCUUGGUAAGAAGGACUUUAAAAUGCUACUCAGAUGGAGAAAAGCUGCGCGGGAGCUGCUUGGACUGGAUAAAGAUGAAGAGCAGCCAGAGAUUGAGACUGUUCCCUUGACAGAAGAAGAGCAGAUCGAGAAAGAACUUCAAGAGAUGCAGCAGAAGCAGAAUUUGAAAAAGAAGCGCGAGAAGCGGAAGCAGAAUGAAAUAAAACAAAAAGAGAUCACCAGAAUGCAGAUGCAGAUGAUAACCCCGACUGAUCUAGGUAUUGAAGCUGCAUCUAUCGGGAGAGAUUCUUUGUUCAAUCUGAAAACUGCAGAGAAAACUGGCAUCUUGGAUGACCUUGCGAGAGGUAAGAAGAGGAUGGUUUUUACUCGGGAUGAACUUGCGGAAGACAACGAGAUACAGAUAGAUGAGAAUGCUCCCCUGUCUGAUCGUGACGAUUUGGCUGAUGCAGACGAAUUAGAGUCGCAAUUGGAUGCCAUGUACCAUCAGUUCAAAGCUCGCCGCAUUGAAAGAGACGCUCAUUUCAAGGCAAAGGAGGCACGUGGUGGUGAUGACGAUGCCUGGAACGGUUUCGAUGAAGUGGCAAGUGAUGAAGAGCCUGAGGAAUCCAAGAAGGACUAUGUAGAUGACGAUGACAGCGAUGUUUCUGAUUCGGAUUCCGAUGAGGCGAUUAACCAGCUGAUAGCCAAGAUCAAGGGAGAGACAGGAGACAAAAAACUGUCUGCAAAGGCGAGAGCGCUUUUCAAUGACUCCAUCUUUGAUGGUGUCGAGGCGGAUCUGCCCAGCGAAGAGCCACAGGCGCCUGCCUCGUCGGAACAGGGCUCCAAGAAGCGCAGACUUGAAGAAGUAAGCGAAGAAUCAUCGUCGGACGAGGAGGAGGCAGAGGAAGAGAGUGACAGCGACUUCGAGAUUGUUCGCAACGAAAAAGAUGAGAGCGAUGAUGACUACGACUCUGAAGACGAGGCAGAGCGCUCUCAGAAAGAAAAGCAUGCGAGAGAGGUGGACAUUGCUACAGUAGAGGCAAUGACCCUUGCACACCAGCUCGCCCUUGGCCAGAGAUCGAAGCAUGACAUUGUUGACGAAGGGUUUAACAGGUAUUCGUUCAGAGACAGGGACAACCUUCCCGAGUGGUUCUUGGAAGAUGAAAAGAUGCAUUCCAAGAUCAACAAGCCAAUCACCAAAGAGGCAGCUAUGGCUAUUAAGGAGAAGCUUAAGGCUCUGAAUGCCAGACCAAUCAAAAAGGUGGCAGAGGCCAAGGCCAGAAAGAAGAUGCGUGCAUUGAAUCGUCUCGAGAAGCUCAAGAAGAAGGCUGGCCUGAUCAACGACGACAGCGACAAGUCAGAGAAGGACAAGGCCGAAGAAAUCGCUAAACUCAUGAAGAAGGUCACCAAAAAAGCCAAACUCAAGCCCAAGGUCACCCUUGUGGUGGCCAAGGGCAAGAACAGGGGUCUCUCUGGAAGACCUAAGGGCAUCAAGGGUAAAUACAAGAUGGUCGACGGCGUGAUGAAGAACGAGCAGAGAGCAUUGAAGCGGAUCGCCAAGAAGCACCGCAAGAAGAGCAAGCAUUGA